CCGGGCGGGAACUUCCGGUCGCGGUGAGUUGAGUUCCUGCUACAGACACAUGAUGGGAAACUGAAUGCCGUAUAUGCGCUCCUGGAGUUUGACUGCGAAAAGUAUAGUAAUCCUACAUGUGGUCGAGACGAUGGAGUCCAAAAUAAAAUAACAGAGGUAACUGAAGCACCAAGCACUCAGGACUCCAUCAAGCCGAAGGGGCCGCAACAGAAAUGGCAAACCUGAACUGGAAGCCGUUUGUCUAUGGGGGAAUGGCCUCAAUUGUCGCAGAAUUCGGUACGUUUCCCAUUGAUCUCACAAAAACACGGCUCCAGGUUCAAGGGCAGACGCACUGUAUGGAGGUCCGAUAUCGGGGCAUGUUUCACGCUUUGUUCAGGAUUGGCCGUGAAGAAGGCAUCCGGGCAUUGUACUCUGGAAUUUCACCUGCACUCCUUCGACAAGCUUCCUACGGGACAAUCAAGAUCGGUACAUACAACACACUGAAGAAACUGUUUGUUAGUCAUCCAGAAGAUGAGACCAUGGUAAUUAAUGUGUUUUGUGGUGUGGUGUCUGGAGUUUUGUCAUCCUCUUUGGCAAAUCCAACUGAUGUGCUUAAGAUUCGCAUGCAGGCUCAAGGCAGCCUGUUACAGGGAAGCAUGAUGUCUAAUUUCAUGAACAUUUACCAGACAGAAGGCACGCGAGGCCUGUGGAGGGGUGUAAUUCCUACUGCACAGAGGGCGGCCAUCGUGGUGGGUGUAGAGUUGCCAGUUUAUGACAUCACUAAGAAGCAUUUGAUUCAUUCAGGCCUUAUGGGAGACACGGUGUUCACUCAUUUCAUUUCCAGUUUCACGUGUGGUCUGGCAGGUGCUUUGGCCUCCAACCCAGUGGAUGUGGUGAGGACACGUAUGAUGAAUCAACGUGUGCUCGCAGGUAACCCUCUGUACAAGGGCACCCUGGACGGACUCAUGCAGACCUGGAAAAACGAAGGGUUUUUUGCUCUCUAUAAAGGCUUCUGGCCCAACUGGCUGCGUCUGGGGCCCUGGAACAUAAUUUUCUUCAUCACCUUUGAGCAGCUGAAGAAGCUUCCAUUGUAGAGAUUGUCUUCACUGAUCUGUGUAUAUGUGCUUGUGUGUGCGUCUGGGGCUUCUGUCCUUCAGCAUAUACCAUCCCUUCUCCACCACACACCUAUAAGUAUUUUAAUUUAAGAACAUUUUGUUUGUUAUUUUGUUCUCAUUUGCAUUGUACAUACUUGACCUAUUUAAACACACUUGUUUUUGCACCUAAAUGCUUUAUUUUUCACUCCUGGCAGCUAUCUCGUCCAACAGCGCCAUGUUCACUGGCCCAGUGGUGUUUUCGUAAUAUAUGCUUGGUGAGCUAGAAGCCACGCUGGUGAAUAUUUGAGGUAAAGGGCUAUAGUGAAAACUGGAAGCCACCAGGCAUAGUUUCUCCACACUGGCUUGAGAGUUUGGCAUUAUAGCAUAGUGCUUAGUUACUAAAAACACAUCCGCCAUGUGGGGGAUGUAAAGCAAUAGUUUAGUGUAGAACUGAAUGCAGUUGGUGCAUAUAAGCAGGAAUAUUUGAGGCCCACGCACUCCAAAUUAGGUAUUGUCCUUGUAAUUUAAAAUGCUCACAUACAAACACGGCUUCAGUGAUAAGAAUGUAUUUUGCUUCAUCUGUAGACUGCAGAUAUGAUGGAAAUUGCCCAUGCUGCAAACUUCUAGACAGCCCAAAUUAAUACCAAAGGAACUAGUAAGGAGUGAUGUGGCCUCAUAUCCUGUGUCUUUGAGCUCAAUGGGCAUUCAUAAAACACGAGCAAAUUUCAGUGUAGCUUAAGUCUGUUUUUGCACAAGUUGUCGCAUUUAAUUCAGCAUUGCACAAAAAUUCUGUUACGCUUGUUUCUUAAGGCCCAAUGUGCGCAAAGAGCUUUUUAUCCCAUAUUAUAUCAAGGACCUCUGUAAAGCUCCAUGGAAAUGGGUGAGAAGUUUAUGCUUGAAUAUGCACAGAAUUUUAAGCGCUUGUGACAUUGCACAAGCUUUUAUUUUCCUUUUCUUUUUUUUUUUUUGCAGUGACGUCUUUAUUGCCAUGUACAUUUGCAUGUGUGUAUGUAGCGUGUGUGUGCUUGUGUUCCGAGAAGCACAUGUAAAAUGUCAAAUAUUUUGGCAGCCGUCAAAGUGUGUAAAUACUGCUACUGUACGAUAGAAUAAAAUACUAGCAUAUAUAGUUUUUUGUUUGUUUGUUAAUUUUAAACCAGAUUUUGUGGGAAAGGGUGUCAGUAGCAUUUUUGAGUGCUUGCCUCUUUGCCAAAGUGUACAUGUAAUAAACCAGAACUGCACUGAUGUUGCUGGUUUUUAAAAAGUGACACAUUAUUAUUGUUAUUAUUGGGAAAGUACUGUUACAUAUUUAUUGUUGUAUGUCAUCAUAUUUCAAGCCUUACCACUUCCUGCUUUUAUAUUUAUGCCUUUGCCUGGUUGUUUUAUGCCUCUUGGUGUGCUAGCCAAACAAGAAGUGUUGAACUUCUGCUAUAAUUUACUGUCUAUAUUGUUCAUAUCCUUUAAAAUGCAAAUCAAACUGUACUGUAAACUUCUAAGCAAACAUUCUUGCUUAAGUUAUAUGGACAAUAUUCUUCAUAUGACUUUAAGGGGACAAGUUUAAAGGAUUUAAUGUAUGUGUAAUGCCUGGGUUAUCCGGGGGUUUUCAUGUUUGUUAUACUUGCUUCCAAUUUUUUCCCGAACUUAGUGACUACAGCAUGGUGCAUGAUGUAUUCCUCUCUAAAUAACUUUGGAAAAUGCUUAUUUCAUUAUGUGCAAAGACCAAGAACCACAUUAACACAUGUUCCAGUGUUCUUACCUUUUUGUUUUGUUCCUCAGUUUUUUUUUUCUUUGCAAAUUUUCUUUUUUUUUUUUUUAGUUGAAUUUCUGUUAUUUACAUUUUUAUUAUAUGAAAUGUUCUUUCGUGUAGAGGUACUUUUAAAUUUGUUCAUUUGUGUGUAUAAUGGAAAUCAGGACAUUGUACAUGAGGGAAAUUAUAGAAUGUAUUACCCAGAUUCAUUUGAUAAAUAAGAUAAUGAAAAUGUGCAGAAUAAAAAGGGGUGUAUAUAUAUACACACACACACACACACUAAUUUGGUAAUCAGGUAUUCAAUAGUAAAUAUUAUAUCAUGUAGUAACUUUCAUCCUCAGCAAAGCUUUUAGUUUAUUUUAUUUCCCAACAUGCAGCAAAACCAUUGAUACAUUAUAUAAAAUUGCUUGAAAUUGCCAAUUUCUUUAUAAUCAACUCUUUUGGUUAAGUGUCUUUGGUGAACAGAAAUAUUAUUUAUUAUAACCUGUUGCUUGAAUAGACAAUGAAUUGUAUCAAGAAUGCUUUUUUCUUUUGUGGAUGGUUUGGUUUGUUUUGCUUUGUCUAAUGUAACUGUGCACCCUGACAAUAAAAACAAUGUUCACUGAAAGUUGUUUGUUAUAGGUCCCUUUUA